AUGGAUCCAACAUCUAAGACCUUCAUGUCCAUGGUAAAUGGCAGUGCCAUCAAGUCUCUGCCUGAAUUAUAUGCAUUGGUUGAAAAUUUUAAUAAGGACAGUAAGAAAUCAAGUCUCUUAAAAGCUCAUAGCAUUUCAUUUACAGAAGCAGAGAAACUACUUGCUAAAAGCUUGAACACCAUGGCACUCAUCAGCAGAACCAGCUCCAGAAGGGAGGACCCGAAGUCGGUGUUCUCGUACACCCUGGUAAAAAGGGAGCCUGAGAAGCCACCAUCUAUGGUUGAGUACCUGCACCGCAGCUUGCUGGAGGGCUUGUUCUCCCCAGUGGUGGGGCUCACCAGGUCUCAAAAGAGACUAACUGAGAGUGGGAUCCCGCCGCUCCCACACCCUUUUCCUUACAACAUUAUCCUGGAAGGCUUGGAAUCUCUGCCACAGGCUCCCACAGAGAAGACUCAAGACCCCCAAGUGAUAGACAGGCCCUGCCUACUGAAGGUGAUGGUCCCAGAUAAACUUGCCAAAUACUUCUUAGUGGACCCAGAAAAACAAUUCAUGGAUCUAAGGGACCUGCAAUGGAGAUAUUUUAAAGGGCUUGCAAAGUGGAAGCACAUGAUUGUGGUUCCAACCAUGGACAUAAAAUGCAACAGUGAGAAGAGAUUUGUAGAGAACCGGGACAUGCCUGGUGUCGUUUCCCCCCCUAUAGUACGUAAAUCUUUGGUCAUUUAUCCACAGACUGAAUUCAACAAAGAAGGAAACUGUGAUCUUACAUGGAAUAUUUAG